UGAUAUCGCUGCGCAAGCUAGGCCAGGCCGGAGUCAGCACCACCACCAAUGGAUCCAAAACAUUCAAGGGGCUGCGAGGAGAUCGUGUGUUAUGGGAUUAACACGAAAGCAGAGAUGUCUUCAGAUCCAUGUGGCAGAUCCCUGCACUGAUAUGGGAAUCAACAAAGAAGGAGUUGGGAGCAGUAAAGGCGGGAUCUGGAGUCCAGGGGGAGUGCAAUGCAGUUAGUGCUGCAGGAGUGACGGUUUCUGCAAGGUCGGGGGAGACUGAUUGGGAAACCGCACACAGGCAUCUAGGGCAUGUGGCUAUGCCAUUGCUGCAGCAACUGCAUAAGGAAGAAGCAGUAAAGGGGCUGAAGCUUUCUGGGCAACCAAAUGAUACCAAGUGCGAGACGUGUCUGCUGAGCAAGUUCACACGGUUCCCCUUUCACGGCGUAGCUGGGAAAAGCAAGGCAGCACUGGAACUGGUGCACAUGGACCUGGUAGGACCUUUUCCAGUUCAAGGAAGAAAGGGGGAAAGAUACUUCCUAACAAUAGUUGAUGACUGGAGCCGGCUGAUGUGGGCAUACCCGUUGAAGCAGAAGGAUCAUGCUGCCUCAACAAUACGAGAUGACUGGCUGCCGCUCGUCGAGCGACAAUCUGGGCACCCAUGCAAGAGCAUCAGAACCGACCGAGGUGGAGAGUUUCUAGGAGGAGAUCUGACUGCGUGGCUCAAGAAACAAGGCAUUGAGCAUCAGCUAACGACGUCCUAUACCCCUCAGUCAAAUGGCGUUGCUGAGAGGGCUAAUAGGACCAUCCUGGAAACUGCGCGAGCGCUGCUGAUCGAAUCAGGGCUGGGGAACUCCAUGUGGCCUCAUGCGGUGAGGCAUGCUACAGUGGCAAGGAACCGCGUACUCACAAAGGUAGCUGAUGAUAUGUGGGUGCCGCUGGAGAGGUGGCUUGGAAAGAAGCCUCCAGUGGACAUGCUCAGAGUGUUCGGAUGCAUGGCAGUGGCGCAUGUCCCUAAACCGUACAGGACAAAGCUUGGAGCAUCUGCACUGUGGUGUGUGCACCUUGGGCUUGCGGCAGAGAGCAAGGGGUGGCUACUCUGGGAGCCCUCAAAGAAUGUGCUGUUUGACAGUCGGGAUGUCAAAUUUGUGGAGAACAUCAUGUAUGGCAAGUGGGAGAAGCAGCCAGAGGCAAGGGUUACCCAGCAGCUGGAAGAGAUCACUAUGCACUUCGAUCUGUCUGAACCUGUGGACAGCGAAGUCACUGCGCCAACGGCAAGCGGUACUGAUGAAGGAAGCAAUGAGGAUAUUGCAGCUGAUGCUGAAGUCAAGGAUCCGGAGCAGCAGCAGCAAGAGGCUUCCAAAACACCAAGUCUGCCAAAGCGAAGGAAACAGAUUGGUGGGGGGACAAAGGAUUGGGUGAAGGUGAAAGAAUGGGUAAAUCCAACCAUCUACCCUGCACGUACCAGAAUGGCAACAAGAAAGCUGCUGAGCUCUACAAGUGAAGGAGCCACAACUGAGCAGCAGGAACAGGCUCAAGGCGAAGAUACAGUGCUGUUCUUGGGUGAUGACCAAGAGUCAGAUGACGAGGAGCCUGCAUACUGCUUUUACGCACCAAUACAACCUCCGAGCAUGGAUCAUGCGCUAGCCGGGCCUCAACGGGGGAAAUGGCUCGUUUCAAGAAAUGCAGAGUACAACAGCCAGAUGGAGAAUCACACAUGGGACCUGGUGUACUUGCCAAAUGGGAAGAAGGCAAUACAGUGCAAGUGGCUGGCAAAAAUCAAGACGGAUGAGAAAGGAGAGCCAUCAGUUUACAAGAGCAGGCUGGUGGCAAAGGGGUUUCAGCAGAAAGAGAAGGAAGAUUACAAAGAAGUGUUUGCCCCAACUGCUAAGUCUCCAACGCUACGUGUGCUGCUGGCGGUAGCUGCUGUGCGCAAAUGGAAGGUGAAGCAGAUGGACAUCGUAACCGCUUUUCUGUACGGCAUUGUGGAAGAGGAGGUGUACAUGGUUCAACCACCUGGCUAUGAGGAUGGAACCGGUCGUGUCUGCAAACUUAACAAGGCCAUCUAUGGCUUGAAGCAGGCCCCGAGAUGCUGGUACAACAGGCUGGCCAGUGCACUGGAAGGGAUUGGAUUCCGUGCGAGUGCAUGCGACGAGAGCCUAUUCCUGAUGAGCGAGGGGGAGUCGCUUGUGCUUCUGCUGGUGUACGUGGAUGACAUCCUGCUCUUCAGCAGCAGUGACAAGGAGAUCGAUGGGGUGCAGCAGAAGCUCACAGAGCAGUUCAAGUGCAAGUCACUUGGAGAGGCAAGGUACUACCUGGGAAUGCACAUUGAGCGGGAUACUGAACGCGGCUGGCUCAAACUGCAUCAGCGACAGUACAUCAACACCUUGGCUGAGAAGUACUCUCUGCAGGAAGAACGGGAAGUGGUCACACCUUUGCCUUCCGAGUUCAAACUCAUAAAGGCAGCUGAAGGAGAAGGAGUUGAGAGUGAAGACCAGAGGCAAUUCCAAUCCAUGGUCGGGAGCCUACUCUACGCUGCUGUGCAUACUCGGCCUGACAUCAGCUUUGCUGUGGGACAGCUGGCUCGAGUAGUGCAAAAUCCAACAGAAGAGCAGUGUGGUGCAGCGGAGAGAGUGGUGCGCUACCUCAAGUCAUACCCUACAGUGGGAGUACAGUAUUCAGCCUCUGCUCAACUCAGUCAGAAAGGAGUUGAAGUUCUCAAAGAGAAGGGGGAGCAGCUCGGAGAAGGAAAGGUGUUCCUUUCCUGUUUUGCUGAUGCCACAUGGGCUUCUGAGCAUGAGGAUUCAUCAUCAGUAGGUGGAUACAUCUGCAUGGUGGGAGGUGGGCCUGUAAGUUGGAGGUCCAAGAAGCAGCCUGUAAGUUGGAGGUUCCACUCCUUCUUAUAAGGCCCCGAGAGAGCUUCCUCUUUUGUGCGAGGAGUCGGAAUGGUCGGGUUCUCGGUGAAGUUGAGGGAAGGGCAGUCAGUAAUGUCCGGGAAGAUGUGAGAGAGAAAUUGGCAGACCGCGUGAAGGUCAAACAGCUCCUCAUGCCUGUCCUCCAAAAGUGCACGGGGGGGAAUACGGAUGGAGGGGACAUCACCCCCGGCAGGAGGAGGCGGAAUGACCUAACACCGGAUGGAGAAGGCGGCUGGUCCCCAGGCGAGAGGCGGAGCCGGUCCCUUGGAACGAGUGCGACUAGAGACCGGAGACGAAGGCGGCUGCGGUGGGACCGGAGGGACUGGGCGCCUCCGAUAGGAGACUGGUGAGCCGGGCUCGACGCGCGGGGAAGGCGGAGCAGGAGGAGGUGCCGCUGCGGAGGAUACUGGGGAGGCCGGGUGAGAUACGCCGGACGGAGAAGGCCCCGGAGAAGGGGCAGCGGUCGGAGGUGGGGCAUCGAAGUCUGCCCAAACAAGCGUCGGGGGAGGUGGAGGAGGCUCGCCUGUGGUCGCAGAGUGGAAUGGGCGGGUCUCAUCGAAGACGACAUCACGGCUGCGAAUCAGCUGUCUGGUGAUUGGGUUGAGGAAUAUGUAGUCUGGGGAGUCGGAGUUGUGCCCCAGGUACAUGCAGGUCUGGGUUUUGGGACCAAGCUUGCCACCUUGCUUCCUGCGCGUGUGGGGGAUUAGCAACACAUACGCGGUACACCCCCAGACGCGUAGAGAGCGGGCGGAAGGCGUGACCCCAAGCCAGAGAGCGGUAGGUGUGGUGUCGGGCCGGUGGGGAUGCGGAUAAAGAUUGUAGAGGAGUGCCGCAUGGAAGAGGGCAUAUCCCCAGAGUGACCAUGGUGCGUUGGCGUGACUGAGGAGGCAGCGAGCGAUCUGAACCAAGGUUUGCCGAAUCCCUUGGGCCGCACAGAAGUUAUCGAGUUUGCCAUUGCGAAAUUCUCCCCCGCCAUCAGAAUGGAGGCACUUCAGAGGAGUGCCGAAUGUGACUUGAACCUGGCGCACCCACGCCAUGAUGACAUCAGGUGCCUCCGCCUUGGUAUGCAGGAGGUGCACAGAAACAUUCCGCGAGUGGUCAUCGACUAGUGUAAGAAAGUACCGAUGACCGCCUCGGGAUGCGACUGGAGCUGGGCCCCAGACAUCCAUGUGCACUAGGUCCAGCGGAGCAGCUGCGACGGAUGGGGAGGACGGGUGCGGCUGCUGCCUGAGCUUGCUCUUGGUGCAGUCCAGGCAGGUGGGUGCAGGUGAGUCUGUUGGUGGAGGAAGCGCCGACGGGAGGCCAAGAAGAAGUUUCUUGGAAGCGAUGUCGACAAGUGUACGGAAGUUGGGGUGACCCAAGCGAUGGUGGUAGAGAAUGGUUGGGUUGGCGAAGCUGCGACACGAACACGGAGUGGUGCUGGCAGCUUGCGCUUGGGAGAGGGCGGCGAGAGGUGCAGGUGAACGCAUCGUAUAGAGCUUGCUGCUGUUGAGUGUGAAGCGUGCUAGGAGCUUGUUGGACUUAGGGUCGUGGAGGUCACAGUGAUCCGAGUGUGCUGGGAAGAUCGUGGUGACGCCUGCCCGUUGGAGCUCGUGUUGGGCCACGAGAUUGUGGCGUAGUGUGGGAACACACAUGCCGGUCACACUGCCCGAAGGAAAAGCUGGGCACGGAACUGUGGAGGAGCCCUUGGCGUGUGUUGUGAAACUGGAGUCUGCUCCUUGUAGACGGAUUGGUGUCUCGUAUAGCUUGAAGAAGUGUUCUUCCUUGAGAACCGUGUGAGUGGCCCCACUGUCGAGGGUGAACUCUAUUGUGGCUGAGGUGCUUUGUGAGCCGGGACACUGCGAAAUUGUCUCAUUAAUCAUGGCAGUGCCAGGGAACAACAUGUGGAGGCGCACAUCAGCAGUGGAGGCGCACAUCAGCAGUGGGAGCGACAGCAGCCUGCACGGAUUCCUGCGCUUCGACUUGAUUGACCUUGCGAGGAGCACGAUUGACCAUCCAGCUUGGCGGCUUCGAGGCGGUCCCAUUGACGGCAUACCAAUCGUCAUCCUUUUUCUUGAAGCAGGAGCCAAGGGCGUGGUUGGUGCCGCCACACACCUGGUGUUGGUUAGAGAAGGCUAUAAGCAGAUGAUUCAAUGGCUCCUUGGAAAUUUCUGCAGCACUUCGUUAUGAUGCCCAGAAAACU